AUGACAGUGAAGGGAGGAGGGACGAACGGGGCAUGCGCCGCGUGCAAAUACCAACGAAGGAGAUGCAGCAGCGAGUGCCCACUCGCCCCUUACUUCCCCUCGGAACAGCCCAAACUCUUCCACAACGUCCACCGGCUCUUCGGCGUCAGCAGCCUCGUCAAGAUCCUCCAGAGGCUCCCCCCCUCCCAGAGACCCGAGGCCAUGAAAUCCAUCAUCUUCCAGUCCCUCGUCCGUGACCGCUCCCCCGUCCACGGCUGCCUCGGCCUCACCCUCCAGCUCCAGUACCUUAUCUGGCUCUCCCAGCAAGAGCUCCGCCUCGUCAACGCCCGUCUCCAUCUCUUCCGCCAACAGCAACAGCAGCCUCGUGAUGCCCACCCCGACAACGAUCAUCAUCAUCCUUCCGAAGACAACCAUGUCUCAUCUCAGCAGCAGCUGGAUCUUGGAAUGGUGAUUCCUGUCAAGAACAGUCACGCUUGUUCCUCCUCUUCUUCUUCUUCUUAUUCUUCUUCUGCCUCUCCUCCUUUGCCCUUCUUCAGUCCAUUGCCACCUCCCCAACAGCAGCAGCAAGUUUCUUACUUUAACAGCUGCAGCGACGUUAAUGGCUACAGCUCAGCUGAGAAUAUACCGAAUACUUAUAACCCGUAUGGCGGGUUCUGCCAUUACAAUGGCGACGAUCAGAGGAAUAACGUAACGACGAUUCAGUCUCAGCAUCUGAAUCCUGAGAUAGUAUCUCAAGAUUAUGAUGAGAUCCAUCAGUUCUUCGACAUCAUCGAUGACAGACAAUCCUUCGUCGAAGAGACAAAGGAAGCUUACGCAUCCUCCAGCUCCGAAGGAUCGUUGAAGGGCACAACGACGCAGCCAUUAGAACACGUCGGAGAGAACGAACUGAGGAGCGCGGCCACUCGCUUCAGCCUAACCAGUGUGAAUUAGAACCAGACGAGCUGUUUUGGAAAUUACAUAUACACACUCACACGAGAGAGAUUGGUCGGGCUGUGUGUCGUCUCUUCUGAUUUCGUUGUGUCCUUUCUUUACCUUUUGUCUCCAACGGCCUUGGAACACAGAGAGAGCUUCUGCUUUUGGAAACAUUAAAUUCUCCAAUAAAAUGCUGCCUUUAGGGCUUCUGUACAUGCGCACAUUCCCCGCGUUUGAACACUUACGUACGUACGUACGUGUGCAUGCAUG